AUGGCGCCCUCCGUGUUCCCUCACCGGGGGCAACUGUUGCUACCCGCCUCGGCGGCGGGCGGGGCCCCCCCGCACCUCGCCCCGCCCCCGGGCUCCCAUUGGCUGCCGUCCGCCGCCGCCGAUCGCCGGUUGGCGGAGGCGCGCGUCGCUCGACGAGGCCCCCGCCCCACCCUCUCCCAUUGGCCGACCGGCGCGUCCUCAGCGGGCGGGGCGCGCGUGCGCUGCGCGGGCGGGGCCGCGGGGGACGCCGGGAAGCGUAGUCGCGGAGCGACGUCACGGCCGCGUGACGUCACGCCAGGCCGAUUUUCCUCCGGUUUCCCCCAAAACGCGCGCGCGGGUGGCGUCACCGGCGACGUCAGCGACCGUCGGGGCUGCAGCGGCUCCAUCGGGCCCCGGAAGUGUCAUGGCGGCGGCCGGGCCGCGGGGCACGACGGGAAACGCAGUCCUGUGCGUCACGUGACGGAGGGCCGGCCUACGGAUGGGCGUGGCCUAAGGGAGGGGGCGUGGCCGGCACGGGGGUGGGGGGGUGUGUCACGGAGGUCACAUGGAGCUCUGAGCGCUUCCGGGGCGCUAUGGGGCCGGGGCACGCCCUGCGCCUGGCCUGGGGGGCGGCCGCCCGCCGCAGCUUCCACCGGACGGUGCCGGCCCGCGCCCCCCCCCCCGCCCCCCCUCAUCCCCAUCGUGGUGGAGCAGACGGGCCGGGGGGAGCGAGCCUACGACAUCUAUUCCCGGUUGCUGCGGGAGCGCAUCAUCUGCGUCAUGGGGCCGAUCGACGACAGCCUGGCCAGCCUGGUGAUCGCCCAGCUGCUCUUCCUGCAGUCCGAGAGCAACAAGAAACCCAUCCACAUGUACAUCAACAGCCCCGGCGGGGCGGUGACGUCGGGGCUGGCGAUCUACGACACGAUGCAGUACGUGCUGAACCCCGUGUGCACCUGGUGCGUGGGGCAGGCGGCCAGCAUGGGCUCCCUGCUGCUGGCCGGGGGGGCCCCGGGCCAGCGCCACGCCCUGCCCAACGCCCGCAUCAUGGUGCACCAGCCCUCGGGGGGGGCACGGGGCCAGGCCACCGACAUCGCCAUCCAGGCGGAGGAGAUCCUGCAGCUCAAGCGCCAGAUCAACGGCCUCUACGCCAAACACACCGGGCAGCCCCUGGCCGUCAUCGAGGCGGCGAUGGAGCGGGACCGGUACCUCAGCCCCGUGGAGGCGCAGGAGUUCGGGCUCCUGGACCGGGUGCUGGUGCACCCCCCGCCCCGCGGCGAGGACGAGCCCCGCCUGGUGCAGAAGGAGCCCCCCCCGCCCCCCGACACCCCCCCGGGGGGGGCCUGAGACACCCCGCACCCCCCUUGGGGGGGGGUGGGGGGGUGGGAUGGGGGGGGGCUGUUUGCCCCCCACCCACCCCCCCUCCCGGGGUUCUGUACCCCCGGCUGGAAUUAAAGUGCUGCCGCCCCCCCCCA